GAAUCCAAAUCAGUCUCUCCACAAAAGUUCAAGAAAGCUUUUAAGUCAAAUAUAUAGCAUAUGAUACAGAUGGAUGGUUUGAGGGUCUGAAAAAACUCUUUCUUCUAGUCAAAUCAGCAAUAUUAUUUGUUUUGAAAAAAGAUUUUCAUUGUUUCAAUAAACAAAAAAAAGCUUUCGUACAGAGCUUUAUAUUCCAUAUACUCGUAAUAUGCAAUAGACUGUCUCACAAAUACCCCACCAAGGCCUAUCACGCCUAACGACAGUAAACAAACCCACAUUCGAUUACUCAAACAUUGCUAAGUAACGAAUGUUUACUACAUUUAAGCAAACCUAAACAAACUUCGAGAAUCAGCAAAACGAAAACGACAGCAAUUUAAUUUUUAGAAAUAUUUACAAAAACAAACACAUAUUUUGAAAAUUUCUCAAAAAAAAGGCAAAUAAAAAGCCAAAAUGCCCUCUUUGGCAACGGCAUCCAUCAGUUCAUUUAAGUUAGCACGUUUUAGUCGCCCGCUGCGGUUCAACGAUCCCAUUGUACGGGAACAGCCCGAGUGCUAUUCCAUACGACCAUCACUGAUCGACUAUAUACGCGAAGACCUACAGGAGUUAUCGCGACGUCUCUUCUAUCAACGCAUCUACAUAUUGGCGAAGAACAAAUUGGAUGCGGAGCCACCGCAGCUACAAAGUCGACCGACGCCGCCAACACUACCACAUGGCGGUUCGUACCGAGGGGGUAGGCGCUCUUUGACCUCGGUGUCAUCGGCACGACGAGAAACACUCGAUUUUAAGAUAAUCCUACAAAUGGAAUUGCAACACAUAUUGUUGCGCGAUGCUGAAAAUAGUAUUUCGGGUGAUAGACCCACCGGAAUAUUUCUGUACAUGGGCGAUUAUACGUUGUUGAUGUUCGAGUGCGUUGAAGAUAUUGUCGGCUCCUUUUGUACGCAAUUGAGCGCGAUCGCCGAUAAAUACUUUUUGGCAAAUAAAGUCUUUCUCACCGAAGAUCGCACCGGGGAGACUUAUUUUCAAAAUUUUCAUUAUCGUCGUGCCGUACCGAUUAACAUCAAUGAGAAGUUUCCACCGAACACCGUCACCGACAUUGAGCUAAUGAGUCAACAGCACUUGACGAUUAAGGAUAAAUUGUUUGAGCUGUGUGCGACACUGUCGCAAGAGAUACAGCGGGGCCAAGAUAAUACGGUACACAGUACAAUAAGCUCUGGUAAGGGCACGUUCAGCUUGUGGCGACCGAGUUUUGAUUUCGGUGAAGAUCUAGCGCCUGCCAUAUUCAAUAAACUUUUACCUGAAGUACAGCGUAUCGAACUGGUGCUGAAUUGUAAUCGUUUUUACUGCAAUGUGCAGCGGCGCGCUUUAAUGUACAACCGUAUACCAAACGAGUUAGACGAUAAACUCCAUUCUUGGCCCAUACCAUAUAAUUACACUCCGAUCGGCGUUUUCUGGCACUCGCCGUACGAUGUUAAUUUAACAUUCUCCGAUUAUGGCAAGAAGGAAGAGCAGGUCGAAGAGAAGGGCUCUGGUUCGGAUGAGGAGGGUGAAAAGAUCGCCUAGCGUAGUUGUUAUAAUAAGUUUUGGGAGUGAAUUUAAGAGAAAUAA